CUUUUUAUUAUUCAUUAUAAAACUUUUAACAAAAUCAAUUAUCUUAUAUUCUCGUUUUGAAUCAUGUGGUUGCUAUCACGUGACGUUUUGGCGUCAAAAUGGCUGCUUUUGAGUAUAAAUUUUAAUAAGCAGUGUUCAAUGUAAAACUCCACUCAUCCUCUUUGUAUCAUAAAGUAUCAUUUAUCUGCUGGCAGAAAUGAAUUAACAUAAAUAAAUGGAUCCAAAGUGUAAACACUAGGCAGGUAUUGGUUGACAGGAAUAAAAUGUCAGAGCAGGAAGAUGGCUGCUCUGAGACGGAUAGCAUUUAUUUAAAAGAUUCAAAGGCUGUGAGUGGACAUGAGAAUUUAACCUCUGAAAAUGAAGAUUUCUGUACAGAGAGCCAAACACACAGUGAAAGAGAGCAGUUUGAUGGGUCUUCUGAUGAAUCUCAAAAAAAUUAUGAGCAAGUGGGCAGUCAUAAAAGUGGGAAGAAAUUUAAACCCAAAGUUAAAAUUAAAACUUUAACCAUCGAUGGGCAGCUGGUUUACUUUUGUAAAAUAUGUGAUAAAAUCUUUACAAGACGAAAAGACAAACUGAACCAUGAACUUGCUCAUAGUGGUGAGUCUGUUCUUACUUGCACAGAGUGUGGGAAAGAGUACUUGCAUGAAUCAAGUUUGGCAUCCCACAUGCGAACUCAUGACGGAGAUCCUCUUUACAUGUGUGACCUAUGCCCGAAAAUGUUCGCCCAGAGUCAUCACUUGAAGACUCACAUCCUGUCCCAUUCUGAACCUACAAACUUUGUAUGUAAAACAUGUUUUAAAGAGUUUGCAACAACCUCAGAUCUAAACCACCACUGCCGUGUACAGAUCAAGCAUGAAAUGACACAGCUGUGGUGCAAAAUGUGUAAGGUUUUUCUCUGCCGCCAUCACGAUCUGGUCACAGAGAAGAGGCUUCAUGCCUACUGCUGCACAGCUUGCAAUGAAUUGUUCUACACAAAUAAGAAACUGAAAAUCCACAUGAAAAAGUUUGCGCAUUUUUCUACAGAGAAGCCGAAAUACAUAGAACCUUUACGUGAAUAUGAACUGUACCCUGACAAGAUCUCUGAAAAUCCAAAGAAAAUGACUGCUCAGAAAGAAAACGAGUUUAUAAAAAAGUCUGAACAGUGUGAUUUGACCACCAAGCGACCUGGGACAGAGUUGACUGAAGAAGAGCCUCCUCCAAAAAAAUUUAAGCUGUCACCAAGAAAAGUGUUUUUAGAGAAUGAACAUUCAAGUACCUCAAUGCAAGAUUCUGCACCAGAGAUUAAAAAAGAAUUGGAUAUAAAGUCACCCAAUAAACAUAGAAAGGGUAAACCUUACUGCAAGAAAUGCAACAAGUCCUUUAAAGAUACAUCUGACCUGGAGCAUCACAAAGCCGCAGUGCAUGAAGAUAAACCUGAGGUUUCUACAGAGAGCUCAGAACCUUUGUCCAGGGAGUCUGAGAGUAGCAAAGCCCUGUCCCACACUUGCCCUGUGUGUAAUGACAGUUUCACGUGCUCUGGGGAGCUGACGAGACAUUUGAAAAUGCAUGUUGAUGAGUUCCCGUACAAGUGCAGCCAGUGUGGGAAAGCUUUCAGGCUUAAGAUCCAGCUUAUUCAGCAUGUCAGGCUCCACAUCUCCCAGGAGUCUGGCAGUGUGACCUUGUCAAAGUCUCUCCCUAAAACAGAGUGCCAGUCCUUGACAGCACAGAAUCAAAGUGAGGCUGAAAUAUUUAAGUGUCACCUAUGCUGUAAGGUGUUUUCAUUCCGCUAUAAGCUGCUGAACCACUUAAGACUACACACAAAUGUUAAGUGCUUCCAGUGUUAUAUCUGUCACAAGGCUUUUGCUACCAAACACUACCUACAGAGGCACCUGCAAGUCCAUAUCAAACAAGGCAUGGAUGUCGACAUACAGAAUAUUAUAGUGGACGAGGAAUCUAAAACAGAGCUGGAUAAUAUCCAAAUCAUGAAGGAAAAGUCUCAGAUAAAAGAGGACGAUCUGAGUGAGGUGGAUGUUUUGGAAAAAGAAAGUUUGAAAAGGAUCUCGGUGUAUGAGGAUAAAGAUGUUGCAAAAAUCGAAUCUUUGCAGAAUGCAGUAAAUCUUAUACAGGUUAAGGCGGAAGUUGAAGAGUCUGAUAGUGAUUCAGGGCACAGCUUCUGCUCCUCUUUGACAAGAGAGUCAGACAGAAGCGAUCCUUUUAGGUUCUCUUCAGAUGAGUCCAACACUUUUAAAAGCACCAUGGCGAAAGAAAGGAGAAGGCUCAGACGAAGGUGGAUAAGGCAGUCAAAAAAGUUGGCAAGGAAUAUAAAAAUAUUAAAGUGUCCCGUGGAAGAAAAGUCCAUCACGGUCAAAGAGGAAACAGAAGAGGAUGUGACCAAUAUGAUGGUAGAGUUGAAUGGGGUUCAGUCUGAAAUGGAUAAUGUUAUGACGGUUUAUGUGGAUUUAACCCAAAUGAAAACGGUGAAAAAUGUGGAUCAGGGGAGCGAAACAAAGAGUAAUUUAGUUUGUAACGAGCUGGGUUUGUCACCAAAUACAACAGUUAAAGUUGAAACACAGCCUGAUAAUGUUGAUGAUGCUGUGUUGAGUGAGGUUGAUGGGAAAAAUAAUGAUGUUCCGAAAGAUACAAAUAAAAAAUUUAAAACCCUCUUGUUUGAGCUUGACGCGGAGCAGUUAGAGAACAACAAUUUUAUCAUCCCCAGCAGAUUAGAAGCACAAAGUUUGGAAGGCGAUGCUGUCUGUGAUAGUGAUCAGAAAAAUAUUACCAAAUUUGUAUUUCAAACAGGAGACGAAGUUGUCAAACCCAUUUAUUCCGGCAAUCAUCCAUUAAAAGCACAAACCAGCCUCUCUACUCAGAGUCAGCAGACCAAAUCUGACCCUGAUGUCUCUAACUUGGAUAGACUAAAACAAGUUUUUGAAAAUUCUUCUAAAUAUUUACCAUUGUCCCAGGCUUCGAGCAUUCCUUGUUAUGAACCAAUCACUCCACCAAAGAAAACACCAACAGAGUGUAAGACACUAGAGUUCCCUUCCUUUGAGCCUCACCACAACAUCACAGAAUCACAGGACAAACAUGUCUUCUCACCCCCUCAAGAUUUAAAGCCCAGCGCUCAUGUUCAACACUCAGCUGUCCACUUUGAUCACAGUCAGAGAGACACCAAAUCUACCUUGGGUCCCUACGAGUUAAUCUCUCCUCCAAAACCACUUGUCAUAGACAUCCCAGCAACCAGCCCCAGAACUAGUUCCACGCCUCGGAGCUCCUCCAGAGACAAACCUGCAGAUACUCACUCGAAAACUCCCACCACACCUAAUCUGACUCACCAAACCUCGAGUGCAUCUCCUUCACAGUUUUCUAUGACCAACACAAGUUCCUCUACCUCCUACAGAUCCAACACACCCAUCAGCUCAAGCAGUUCUGGUUAUGCAUCUCAUCUCCCUGAACACUCAAAUUCCCAAAACACAUUACAAAAAAUCCACAACCAGAGAAGGCCUGAGACACAAGUUGUUCCAUUGCAAGCUGUAAACUCUACACUGAAAACGUCCAGCUCCAGGCCAGCUAUGCACUACAGUGACAAUUCUGUUUACAAUCAUUUGAGUGUUAGCACAAGUUCAUCGACCAGCAAUAGGGUUAAUCCUGUCUUACCAUCCAGCACACAGAGCUUCAGAGUUCCCAGCAGUCAGUCUGGCUCCAACACACACGUCAGUCUGGCUUCAAGUUCCAGCGCGCCUGUCCACAUGAGGUUACCCAGCUAUACCUCACCUGUACACACCAGUUUAUCAAGUUCCCACACACCUGUUCAUGUGGGUCUCCAAAGUUAUAGCGCACCUAUGCACACAAGUUUAUCAAAUUCCAAUGCAAAUGUUCAUGUCAGUCUCCAAAAUUAUAGCACACCUAUGCACACAAGUUUAUCAAAUUCUAACGCAAAUGUUCAUGUCAGUCUCCAAAAUUAUAGCACACCUGUCCAUACAAGUUUAUCAAAUUCCAACGCAAAUGUUCAUGUAAGUCUCCAAAAUUAUAGCACGCCUAUGCACACAAGUUUAUCAAAUUCCAAUGCACCUCUUCAUGCAAGUCUUCCCUCAAGUUUCAGCACAAAUGUAUCAAGUUCUAACCAAAAUACUUUUAUACUGAAUUCAUCAUCAAUUUUUGACACCAACAACCCGGUGCUUAGGGAUAUGAACAUGAUGGACUUAGUGAACUCAACACAUGCAACAAACCAUAUGUACGGGCAUGUAGACCAAAUCAACUCACAGGCCCUGCCGGGGUCUGCUUUCAACCUGCUGCAGCAGUCAGCACUGGACCAGCAGGUCAGGCACAACCUCAUGGCCAUGGCCGACGCUCAGGGUAUGUCGUUACAGCCACAGAAUGCAGUGCUGAGCGUGGGGAACUCGUUAGGAAUUAAUCUAGGAACAUUUGGGAAUUCGUUUCCUUCAGUGUUUAAUCAAAGACUCGACCCUGUGGGGAUGGGUGGGGCAAUGGACAGUUCGAUGAUCAGUCUUGCCAGUGACGAUGCUGCCGUGUACUUGAGGAGCCUGCAUGAGUCGAUGACCAGGUCUAACCCAGGAAAUGUUGGCAUGUAUCCACCAAUGUCGAUAAACAUCAACCAGACUGGUGGGGCUAUGCCGUUGAAUAUAUCAAAUAAUUUUUCUUUAAAUUCCGACAGCUUUGGAAAUUUUUUACCUCAGGGUAUAGAUCCACAGGGGUCGUUUAGUUACGGGAAUAUUGCUGCAUUGCACGGUGGCUUGCCGGUCAACAUUAGCGGCGCCCCACAGCUGAUGCACAACAUGGCGGGUCCAUUUCCUCCCGGUAUAGUCCAGGACAGUCUCAGGAACAGUUCGGCACCUUUUGGUUUCAAUAUUCUAAAUCCUGCUGUUUUGCCUGGCAAUGGCCCCAUUACAAUGAUAAGCAGUUUCAAUCCACAUUUUUACCCUGGUUUCCCCUAA